AAGAGCGCAUAGAGGGUGAUGGAGAAGUGAGUGCACAAGGGAUCUGAGUGCGUGGAGGGUACUGAGGGGAGGUGGUGAGCCCACACGCGGGGGGAGCGAAGGGGACCUGAGGGCACGUGGAGGGGAAAGGAGGCACUCCUGGGGCACGCGGGGAGGAGCAGCUUAUGCACCGUGGGUGAAGCCGCGGGGUCUGCGCCCUCCCUGGGACGUGGGUGAGAACAGCGUGAGAUGGAGGAGAGCUGAGGGAGUACGGGGCGGGGGGGACCCGAGCACUUGGGGGGGCAGGGGUUGGGGUCCGGUUGUGCGCGGUGGUCUCCGAAGGGGUGCGGAGCCUGAACAGAGGUUUCUGAGGGGCUGGAGCGGGGUCUGAGGGCUUGGGGGGGACCGGAGCGCGGGCGGGAGGAUGGAGUGUGGUUUGAGGGCUGCGAGAGGGACCGACCUGCGAGCUGGCCCCCGAGCAGCCUCGCCGCGGUCCCCGUGCCCAGCACCCCACCAUCGCGGGCGAUGCUCGGAGCCGUGCCGGGAAAAUCCCAGGGAGCCGCGGGAGCCUCCGGCUGCCCCUGGCAACAGUGUUGUGCUGCCGCCAUCUCGGCCGCCCCACGUCCCGGCCUCCACACCGGCCUCUCGGCAUAGCAGGAGGCACCGGCAAGAUGGCCUUCGACCUGGAGGAGUAUUUGCGGACGGCUUUCCGGGACAAGCUCCGGCUGCCGCAGCGGUGGUCCCUGGGGGUCCCCGGCCACGACACAGUGGUGGGUGCCCCCGCCCGGGCUCUCCCCGUGAGCUCCGCGCGACCUGCGGCAGGACGGUGCCGACGCGGGACGGUGCCGCGCUGCCGCCUUCCGCGCGCUUGCCGCUGAAACGGAGGGAGGUGGCGGAGGUGGAACGGGCGCUGCAGAGCCAGCGGGAGGAAUUUCGGCAGAGGAUGGAGCGCCUGGCGCAGCGCCGGCGGCAGCUGGGCCGGAGGGAAGAGGAGCUCCGGGAUGUCGUCCUCAAAUUCGACGCCUUCCUCAAGGCUUCAGCGGCGAGGCGGGAGCGGGCGCUGCGGCGGGGAGACGAGGAGCGGGCGCGGGCGGCGGGGCAGGGUGCCGAGGUCGCCCGCCUGCGCCGGGAGCUCGAGGGGCUGCUGCGGCGCAGGGAGCGCCUGGCCCGGCGCCUGCGGAGCCUCCGCGGCUUCGGUGACUACCUGCGGAGCGUGCUGGCCGGGAUGGGGCAGUUCCAGGACAUCCCGGCCAUGCUGGCCCAUUUCGGGGCGCUGGCGGGGGCACGGGCGGCCCUGGCGCAACAGGCAGAAGCCGGGCAGGAGCAGCUGGCCCAGGGCCGGGCACGGCUCCGGCGGUACCGCGAGGAGGCCGGCAGCAAGCUCCUGCGCACCAACGACGAGCUGACCCGGCUCCGCGCACGCCUGGAGGACGCCCGCCGUGACGUGCUUCAAGGGGAGUCCCACUGGGCCCGCGUCCAGAGCACGGCCACCCAGAAGACCCUGCUGCUGGGGCAGAUCAAGCUGGCAGUGCUGAACCUCUUCCAGCUCGCCACCGCGCGGCUCGAGGUCCCCACGGACGUGGCCCUGGAAGACACCGAGGCCCAGCUGGACACGGUGCUGCUCUGCAUGCAGGACCUGGCUGCCAUCUCUGCUGAGCUGCUCCCCAGGCAGCCGGGGACGUGUCCCCCACGCUUGCCCGUUGCCACCAGCAUAAACCCUCUGCGCCACGGGGGUGCCAGGGUGCCCCCGAGCCAGGAAUAGCCCCUGGGGACAAUCCCCCCCCCCCAGCUCCCAGGGCUGCCAGGGCCAGCGUGGAGACACAGGACCCCCAGCACCUCCCUGGGGAUGGAGGUCGCUCCCCGAUAAGUCUGGGAACCCCCAUAACGAGAGGCGACACACAUGGCGGCGGGCGCACCGGGAUGGCUCCGCGUUGGGGCAGAGCCCGCAAGGGGCACCCCGGGCAGCAGGAACCGGCUGCCGCUCACGUUCAGGCUGUUGGGUAUCAUCGCAGGUGUCUCCUGCCAAAAUACAACCCAGCUGUGGACCCGCA